AGUGUGGUAUGCAUAAACUCGGGAUUAAACAAAUCCUCGACAAAGCGAAACAAAAACAAAAACUUCGAAAUACGAAUCAUUUUUAAAAUGGAAGGGGACAAAUCAAAAGAAACAAAUGGGUCUCAGACAGAGAAAUCCAACGUCUCAAUCUCAGAUAGAUCCAUACCGUUUACGCAAGAAACCACGGGCAAUAGAUCAAAAGAAUCCGAAUCUACACCCGAAACCAUUUGCUCUUUGUCUUUAUCGUCAGAAAAUGUACGUGGAACAGAAUUGAAGAUUUUAAGAGAUAGUGCCAAAGUAUCACAGUCAGAUGAACCACCGUUACUGGGAGGAGAACUUAUCCAAGGAAUAGGAAGAGAUGUGAAAUAUUUAUGUCCCUACAAUGGGCAAAUUAAAGGAGCGCUAACGGUCACCAAUUACAAGUUAUACUUUAAAAGCAGUGAAAGAGAAUCCUUAUUCAUAUUAGAUGUACCACUAGGUGUGAUUAGUAAAAUUGAAAAGAUAAGCAACGCCACCAGCAGGGGAGAUAACUCCUAUGGAAUUAACCUGAUAUGCAAGGACAUUAGAAAUUUAAGAUUUGCACACCAACAAGAAAAUCAUUCAAGAGGACAAGUUUUUGAGAAGAUCCAACAAUUUGCCUUUCCUAUAACAAACAAACAGCCAUUAUUUGCCUUUGAGUUUAAAGAAGAUUAUGGUGAUGAUGGGUGGAAAGUCUAUGACCCAAUAGCAGAGUAUAACAGACAGGGCCUUUCAAACGACAGUUGGAAGAUAAACAAGAUUAACGAACGAUAUGAAUUGUGUGAAACAUAUCCUAGUAUUGUAAGAUAUUUGUUCAAUUGUUUAUAGACCAAA